AUGUCGUUUGGACGGAAAGAAAGUGUCCGCGAGAUAAGAGGAGAACCAGAUAUGCGGAAAAUAUACAUGCUAACCACCCCAUCAGCAGGAGCGUUCUUCACAACCUACGAACACACAAAAUCCCUCUUCACCCGCCUAAAUACCAAUACCAGAAACGAAGCCAUCCUCCCCAUAGCCUUCGUCCACGCCUCCGCCUCUUCCUUAGCAGAACUAGUCUCCUGCGCCAUCCUCACCCCCGCAGAAGUCAUAAAGCAGAACGCGCAGAUGGUUUCUUCGACUUCUCAAUCGCAGAAUGCCACGUUACAGACGCUGGCCAAAUUCCAAUCCAACCCCCUCGCCCUCUGGCGCGGCUACACCGCCCUCGCAGGCCGCAACCUCCCUUUUACCGCGAUGCAGUUCCCUAUGUUCGAGAGGCUCAAAGAGGGGAUUAAGAAGUAUAGGGAUGAUAGAGGUUUGACGAAAGGUGGGAUAUUUGAGAUGGGUUGGAUCACGGCGUUGAGCGCGGGGAGUGCGGGGGCGGUCAGUGCGGUGCUUACGACGCCGGUGGAUGUUAUUAAGACGAGGGUUAUGCUCGCUGCUGCGGAGGGACCUGGGGAUGAGGGGAAGGGGAAGAAGGGGGGGAAUGGGGGGAAAGGGUUGGUAGAUGCGCUGGGGAAGGAGGCGGCGGGGACGAAGGAUACGGUUAAGAAUGCGGCGAAGGACGCGGCGGAUUCUCUUAAUCCGAUGAAGGCUUCGCCGUCGCAGUCGAGAGGCAGGAAGAGUAGUUGGGCUGUGGGCAAGGAGAUUGUAGAGGAGAAGGGGUUUAAGGGAUUGUGGAGAGGUGGUGCGUUGAGGGGUGUUUGGACAUUCAUCGGGGCGGGACUAUAUCUGGGUGCGUAUGAGAGUGGGAGGGUUUGGCUGGCGGGGAGGAGGGGGGAAAGCGUUGAUGAGGAUGAUUUGCUGUAG